AUGAAUACUCUGUCUGAAGCAAAUGGCAACUUUGCCAUCCAUCUUUUAAAGAUGCUCUGUGAAAACAACCCUUCAGAAAAUGUCUGUUAUUCUCCCAUGAGCAUCUCCUCUGCUCUGGCUAUGGUCCUCUUGGGGGCAAAGGGAGACACUGAAGUCCAGAUGUCUCAGGCACUUGGUUUAAACAGAGAGAAAGACGUUCACCAAGGCUUCCAGGGGCUUCUCCAUAUACUGAACAAGCCCAACAAAAAGUAUGCGCUGAGAACUGCCAACAGGCUCUUUGCAGAGAGCACUUGUGAAUUCCUCUCAACCUUUAAGGAGUCCUGUCUUCAGUUCUACCACUCAGAGCUGGAGCAGCUGUCCUUCGUCAAAGCAGCGGAGGAGUCCCGGAAACACAUCAACACGUGGGUCUCCGAACAGACUGAAGGGAAAAUUCCAGAGUUGCUGUCGAAUGACUCAGUUGAUGAAGCGACAAGGCUGGUUCUUGUCAAUGCCUUAUAUUUCAAAGGAAAGUGGCAUCAACCAUUUGACAAAGAUAGCACAAAGGAAAUGCCCUUUAAAAUUAACAAGAGAGAGCAAAGACCAGUGCAGAUGAUGUGUCAGGAAGACACUUUUAAACUCACCUACGUGAAAGAAGUUAAGGCACAGGUGCUGGUGAUGCCCUAUGAAGGCACGGAGCUGAGCUUUGUGGUCCUGCUCCCAGAUGAUGGUGUGGACCUCAGAAAGGUGGAAAACAAUCUCACUUUUGAGAAGCUAACAUCCUGGACCAAACCAGACUUUAUGAGGAGCACUGAUGUUGAGGUUUUCCUUCCAAAAUUUAAACUGCAAGAGGAUUAUGACAUGAAGUCCGUGUUUCAGCACUUGGGAAUGGUAGAUGUCUUCCAAGGGGGCAAGGCUGACUUAUCAAGAAUGUCUCCACAGAGAGACCUAUAUCUGUCCAAGUUUGUUCACAAGAGUGUUGUGGAGGUCAAUGAAAAAGGCACCGAGGCUGCAGCAGCAACAGCGGCCAUAGAUGACCACUGCUCCGCAAGUGAAGUCUCAACAUUCUGUGCAGACCACCCCUUCCUUUUCUUCAUCAGGCACAACAAAACCAACACCCUCCUGUUCUGUGGCAGGUUCUCUUCUCCGUAAAGGCACAUUUACUAUGUGGGAAACAGUUACUCCUACAGCUCUGUGAGGAUGGGCAUAUGGGGGACACCAUGUUCCAAGAUGAGGGCACUUUCCUCCUGGCAGCCUGAUCUUAGGAUGCCCACAUUCCUCUCCCCUAUCCUGACAUUCAUCAGUGCCCUUUGCCAGGUCACAGGAUCACAGAGUGGUUGGGUUUCCUGUUGUGUAAACAACAAAGGAGACAAACAUUUCUCACAAGGGAGACUACAAAGUUCUCGAGGGUGACCCUAAAUCAAUGCCCCCUCACUGCACAGACAAGCCAUGCCAGCUCUACCUGCUGUCCUGUCCUGGCUCCUUGACUCUCGCCAUCACUCGCCUUGACCUGCUUACAUCAUAGUAAAUGCUUCUGUGGAUGAUGACAGCUACUGCAGUUUACUAGUGAUUGGUUCUUAAUGCACAUUUUAACUUUAUCUUCUUUGCUGUCCACCACUCACCAGUAAUGUGCCCACCACUGAGUUAGGC